AUGAUGCGUCCCAUGAUGGACCACUUGCAGCAAACAGACAACUCCGUGGACUAUGCCCAACGACAGGUGAACCGGAUUAGCAUGGACCUAGCCGAAGUCAAAGCAGACGUCGACCGGACCAACAAGUACCUUGCGAUAUUGCGGCAGGGCUUGGGGGUGCAAAAUGAGGGCAAAUGCGUAUUGCAACGAAGUCUGGAGUCAAAUACCCGGACUGUCAAGAGGCUGGAUGAGCAGAUGGAGAGUCUUUUGACCGCUUUGGACCGUGACCUGUGCAAAGCCCUUCCCCCGCAGAAUGACAAGCGGUUAAUGGACCAACGUUGGUCUGGAAAGGAGCUCUCGCAGAAGGUCAGCGAGCACACGAUCACAAUCGAUGAUUUGCAGGCCAAAGUCGACCGCAUCGAAGCUCCAAAGGAUGAGGGCAUGAACGAGCCACGUAUCGAGGCGUGGGCAGCUGAUCAGCCAUGA